AUGCAUGAGCGAAUAUUAUGUCGGCUGAAUUUGACCUAGGAGGAGUGGUUGUAGAGGUAAGCACCUCAUCUGAGGAGUGCCAGCAGUGGAUCAACCGUGGGGCGGUCCAAAUGUUUGGUUUUAACCCGGAGGAGGCCAUCAGAUGCUUCCGCAAGGCCCUCUACUUCAGCCCAGACUGCGCCAUGGCUCACUACUUCAUUGCACACUGCUGUGCACCGAACUAUAACGACGCAAGUGGGCUGGACUGCAGUCAAGGUCUCAAGGAGGCUCAAAUGGCUCUGGAGACCGCGUCUCAGGCACCAGCAGGUCUCGAGGACUGGGAGAGUGCCAUGAUAAAAGCCAAACCUCACCAGUUUACCGAUGAAGAGUCUGGAGACGGUGUCAGUCGCUCGUACUGCAACGCCAUGCGUCCCGUUUACGAGAAAUUCGGCGAAGAAAACACACUUGUUGCUGCGGUGUUUGCAGAGUCACUGAUGAUGUUGGCUCCGUGGACUCUCUGGACCAGCCAGCCCGAUGUAAAACCUGCCAUUCCCGAGACCGAGGGAGCUGGUGAGAGUUCUGGAGAAAGGUCUAGAGAAAGACCCCACCCACCCCGCCCUCUGCCACUUCUACAUCCACACCAUGGAGCUGUCGGCCAGUCCUGAAAAGGCACUCCCG